AUGCCGCUGUCCAAACUGCACGGUGUGAAGCUCCCCGCUUCCGCCGACCUCCACGUCCAUCUUCGCGAUGGGGACAUGAUGGAACUCGUUACGCCCACUAUCCGACAGGGUGGUGUGAACACGGUCUUCGUCAUGCCAAAUCUGGUGCCGCCAGUAACCACCGUCGACCGCGCCCUCGAGUACAAGAAGCGUCUAGAAGCCAUUGAACCCAAUGUCAACUACCUCAUGUCCCUCUACCUCCACGAGACGGUGACCCCGGAGACCAUCAUCGAAGCGAAGAAGAAGGGCAUCACCGGCGUCAAGAGCUACCCCGCGGGCGUGACCACCAACUCCUCCUCGGGCGUCGUCGACUACACCCAAUUCUACCCCGUGUUCGCCGAAAUGGAGCGUCAGGACAUGGUCCUCAACCUUCACGGUGAAGUGCCUUCUCAGGGUGACGUGACCGUCCUGUCGGCCGAGGAACGUUUCCUUCCCACCCUGCUCCAGCUGCACGAGCGCUUCCCCAAGCUUCGCAUCAUCCUGGAGCAUUGCACUACCGCUGCCGCCGUCGAAGCCGUCAAGAAAUGUGGUCCUACUGUUGCUGCAACCAUCACCGCGCACCACCUCUCCAUCAUCAUCGACCACUGGGCCGGAGACCCAUUCUGCUUCUGCAAGCCCGUCGCGAAGACCCCGGCGGACCGCGACGCCCUUCUCCGGACCGCAGCCUCGGGCAACCCCAAGUUCUUCUUCGGCUCCGACAGCGCUCCCCACCCGGCUGCUUCCAAGAGAGGCGGAGACAAGAUCGCCGCGGGAGUGUUCACCCAGCCAUACACCACCCAGCUAGUGAUCGAUGCGUUCGAGCAAGCCUGCGAGAAGGGCGUUCUGAAGGAGGAAGACAUCACCCCCGAGAUCAUCGAGGGCUUCAUGAGUAAAUUCGGUCGCGCGUUCUAUGGAAUCGGCGAGGAGACGAAGGAGUUCAUCACCAUCGAGAAGAAGAACGAAAAGAUCCCCAACAUCUUGCAGUCGGACAAGGUGGACGUGGUUCCGUUCCGACGGGAUCAGCAGACGUGGAGCGUCUCAUGGGCCACCUAA